CUUGUCUUUUGCGCAAAUACACAGGGGAAAACAGUUUUAUAAUCUUCGCACAACGCAAAUUUUUUGUCUCCUUUUGCAGAUCAAACUUUGCAAUGAUUCUUAAAUUUUUUUCAAACAGAGGCUACUAAUAAUCGAUCACUGUGAUUGUCUGGCAACUCUGCCUGCUUUUUUGAGAUAAGAAAAGCAUAAUUUGGUCAAUGCCGAAGUCUAGGAUAAAAUGGAUCCGUCAAUGUUUGUUCCGUACAGCGCACAAGCUAGUGUAGUUCCACUCGAAUCCAAACUCGCCACUUACAUGAACCGUCAAAGUCCAGCGACAACAUUGAACGCAAAUACGGUCGCAAAACAUUUAUCGAGUCUUUCCCUCGAGGCGCAGAAAAAAGCAACUGCGAGUCCCGAAUUCGUACCGGGCCGUGGUCUCACUGGGAGUAACAGUAGUUCACCGAAUUUAUUCACCAACUCCUAUCAUUCCCAAGAGAAUGUCGGCGGCACGACUUAUUUUUACGUCGGUAAUGCGGCCGCCACUGAAUCGGUCGCGAACGACGAAAUCGCCGACUCUAUUGGUAACGUAGGAGGAAACCAAUUGAAUUACGUGUAUCCAGGAACGCCGGCUCACCUGCAGGCGGUAAAGCCCAUAAAGCCGACAACAUCUAACACGAGUUCAUCAGCACCCACGACUCCUCCGCCACAAUCCAAUUCGAGUUAUUUCGUAAGCGCCGGUUUGCGGAUGGAUAUACUUCACAAAAAUUCACUCAGUUUGACGCAACCAGAUCCGACCCAGUUUCCUGAUUUGCCAGCCGAGGUUGACAAUUAUCACGAAUUGUGUCCUUUAGAACCGAUUCAUAAGCCUGCUUCGACCGUUCUUGGCUAUCAAACCUCGACCUACAAAGCAACAAGUCUUAAAAACGGCCAACGUUAUUGCUUACGUCGAGUACACGACUUUCGUCUGGGCAACACCAAAUGUAUGCUCCUUGUUGAUAUGUGGAAACGACUCUCCCAUACCAAUUUGGUCCAAUUGCUCGAAGUUUUCACCACCAAGGCAUUUGGUGAUCAUUCCAUGGUUUUCGUAUACGAUUAUCAUCCGGGUUCGGAAACGUUGCUGAACAAACAUUUUUCCGCUUCGGAGUUGAACGGCUAUGCGGAUCCUUUUUGUUCGGACCCAAAUGCCCCUCGACCUUAUAGUCACACGAAAAACACGAUUUUGCGACAACAGCAGAGUAACAUGUUGCCGGAAAAUGUAAUAUGGAGCUAUAUCAUUCAACUGACUGCGGCUCUUCGCGUUAUUCAUACUGGUGGUGUGGCGUACAGAUGUCUUGAUCCAACGAAAGUAUUGUUGACCUCGCGAACUCGUCUGCGUCUGAGUUGUGCGGCUGUGCCCGAUGUCGUGACAUACGAUGGAAACACGGCAAAUCCAUUAUCUUUGAUACUUCAUUAUCAGCAAGAGGAUCUAAUAGCCCUUGGGAAGCUCGUACUGGCCUUAGCGUGUCGCAAUCUUCUUGCCGUCCAUCGCGACAACAUUCAAGCCUCGCUCGAGCUUGUCGCACGUUCCUACUCCAACGAUCUCCGAAAUUUUAUUCUUUAUUUGCUCUCGGAUCAAGCUAGAAAAUGCGUGACGGAUCUCAUGCCCAUGAUUGGCGCUCGUUUCUACACUCAAUUAGACGCGGUGCAGCUACGUUCGGACGGUCUCGAGAACGAGUUGUCGAAGGAACUCGAGAAUGGAAGACUCUUCAGGUUACUCGUGAAACUCGCGACGAUUAACGAGCGGCCGGAACUUAACAUGGAACUAACGUGGGCCGAGACCGGCGAUCGAUACAUGCUCAAAUUAUUUAGGGACUACGUUUUUCACCAGGUUACUGCCGAUGGUAGGCCUUGGCUAGAUAUGGCCCACGUUGUUUCCUGUCUCAACAAACUUGAUUGCGGCUCACCCGACAAGAUUUGUCUGAUGUCGCGGGAUGAGCAAAGUGUCCUCGUUGUGAGUUAUGCCGAGCUGAGGCAGUGUCUCGAAACGUCAUUCGGUGAACUAAUGCAAGCUGCGAAAGAUGCGGUCUAAGAAAUGAAAAAAGAUGAACGAGUGUCUCACCGAGGGCCAGUUUACAUCAGGAAAACCAUGAAUGUGAUAUGAACAUUUAGCGGUACUAUCGUUUUAAAAAGAAACAAAAGACGAGUUAACUGAAACUGAAUAAGUGACGAGUGUCGCAAAAAACGAAAGCCGUGCUGAAAAAAGUGCGGAGCAUGUGUAAUUUUUAUUGUCCCGUAAACAAACGCGAAUUUUGUCGAUUGCGAUACUUUCAGCUCGUUGAUGUCUCGAAAGCGAGGAAUAAAACUCGCGUUUGUUCUCGGCUCUCAAAAUCUAUGGGAUUUUUUCGUACGAAUUGGGAUACGCGCGCUCGAACCAGUUCAAACGUUUGUUUUCCUUUCUUCGACAGCUACAAUUCAAGUGUAAUAUACAAAUAAUUAACGUAUACGUAUGAAUCGUGUGUGGAGAAUAAUCCUAAUCGUCGUACGAGGCAAUACGUCGAAUAGAAUUUUCAAAAUACGUAAGAUAACAGGAAGCCGAAGAAAAAAUCAUUGAAACUAUCGGUCUUACGAAUUGGAUCGGGCGCGCGGUUUAAAAGAAAUGAAAAACAAGCAUUAAACGAAUCGAAUACGUGUCGUGCAGCGGGAAUAAAAUUUCCUGAUCACACUCGGUGAUUCAGGACUAAAAAUCAUAGAGCUCUUAGGUUUUAGGAUUACGUACAACUCUUAAGCAUUCAUUUUUUGAAAUAAAUGUUUAUUUUUGAAAAGAAUCGCUCAACAAACUCACUUUUCCCUCGAGCGAUCGUUCCAAUUGCUUAUUAUCACUCUCUUUUUUUUUAUUCUCUUUUCUUUCCUAUAUACAGCAAAAAAAAUGCGUUCUCCAUGAUUCGCUAUCACCAAAGAGAGAAGCAAAGACUGUGAUAGCAUAGCUUUUACUCACUCUUCGACGCCCUGUCUGCAAUCACUCAAACUUGAUCUCAUUUCCUUCGCAAUUACGGGGGCAGACCGAGACUGGUCUCCGCCUGGACAGUGUCAUCUGCCCUAACUCAAACACACGCACACAUUGCAUUCACAUUCAUUGGAGCAGGUCUUACCAUUUUGUUAUAAUUCUCGAGAGUGUUAACGCUCGAGAGUGCGAGCGGUUUCACGCCAAAUCGAACAAAUAAUGUUGAAAUAUUUUGUUUCGUUUGCGAAUUUUAUAAAUCCGCGAUUUGCGAAUUCACACGAUUUGAAAGAUUAGUGAUUAGGGGGACUCCGAGUUUGCCCUAAUUCGUCAGAGUUCAAUCUAUGUUACGCCAUCGGAAAAAUGUUGAAAAAUUUUGAUUAAUCUCCGAAAUUUAUAAGCUUGGAUUCGCAAAUUGAAACUUUUCAAAGCUUGAUGAUUGGUGCCGAAGAAAUUUGCUACUGUUAAUAGAAUUCGGAUUCGCUAUUUCAUCGUAUCUCUACAGUGUACGUGGGAUUCGACGCAAUCCGAUCGAAUUGAGGCAACAACGUUAAAUAUGCUCAAACUAGUUUAUUUGAUUAUUUUUUUUCUUUUCUUUUCUUUUUAACUAAUUAAACAAACUGAAAUCAUUAAAUUUAUCCUGCAAAUGGCUUCGAUUUUUGUGAAAAAAAAUGUACAUUUGUUUUGUUCCCAGAAAAUAUCAUCAUACACAGGGAAUGAAACUGACGAGAAGUGUUUAGUCUCCGUAACUUUUUGGUGUUAGUGUACAAAACUGCUCCGCGAAAUGAGAUCCGCGAAGAAAGAAAUUGUCAUGGUGGACUAUACUUUAUGUAAAGAGGCACAUGUCAACCAGCCGUCGACGACAAUCAUUUCAUUUAAUUGUGUUAAUGGCAGCGCGUGAUUUCCGUCACGACACUCUCAUUUCUCUCCUUCUUUGUCCAGUUCCUUUGCCUUCGAUAAAAUCUCUUUCUUUAUCUCAGUAUCCAAAAUUGUUAACCAGUCAGAUUGAUAGUCCAAAGAAAUUUGAUUUCCUGGACUGAUUCUCUGUCUAACGUUUCUAAUCGAGAUUUGGUGGUUCUCCAAUGGAUCCGUUUCAAAAAUUUGUAGAAUUGAAUUAUGGAAAGACCGCUGGGAGAAUGGUGCAGAACCCUAUAAUCCGUAAAAUAGUCCUCAUAGUCGCCGUGAUCAUCGCGAUCAUCUUCGCGGUGGGAAUAAUAGUGGUAGCAAUCAAGUUAGCGCCGAAAAAGGAUUCUAAGGACUCAAAAGAUUCUAAGGACUCAAAAGAUUCUAAGGACUCAAAAGAUUCUAAGGACUCAAAAGAUUCUAAGGACUCAAAAGAUUCUAAGGACUCAAAAGAUUCUAAGGACUCAAAAGAUUCUAAGGACUCCAAAGACAAAAAAUUAACAAAGGAUUGAGAGACACUUGAAUGUACAAUAGUCGUAAAUAAAAUGAAAUAUUGAAAAAUAUA